UUUGAGUCUAGUCUGCUUGGGUAGCAAAACAUUAAAAACAAAAGCUUAGAUUUAGCUUUUCAUACAAUUUUGAAUUAAUUUCUUUUAGCGAUUGUGUCCUCGUAGCAUUUUGAAUUCAAAUACGAUUGAAACGUCUAUUUGUAAUAGUUGCUGCUACGUUUUGUCUCCCUCGUUCAACCACUCCCCUAUCAACACCAAUUACCAAGCCGUCAUGCUGCGUAGAAAGCUUCCACAGCGUUUGGAGUCUUUUGAUGCAUUCCCAAAAGUCGUCAAUGAGUAUCGAAAACCAGGAUCGUCACGCGGAGGUGUCUUCUCAUUAGCAGUCGGAUUUUUCGUUUUCUGGCUCUUCCUUGUCGAGUGCUAUUCCUACAUUAAAGGCGUUCGCGAACAAAGGAUUAUGGUUUCGGACAAAGUGUCCGACUUGAUGGAUCUUAAUCUCGAUAUCACCCUUGCAAUGCCUUGUACGCACGUUCGCGUGGACGCGGCCGACAAAACCAACGAUAUUGUUUUGGCUACCACCAUGUUGACUCUCGAGGAUACGGAUCUCAAUGCUAUGAAGCAUUCAUCUACCAAAUAUCUCCCGGGAAAAAAAUCCGAAUACCGUUGGGUGAGAUCCGGCAAGUUCCGUCAGAAGAAAAAGCCCAGUCAUGCUGGAGGUGCAUGCAGAAUCUAUGGAACACUUACUGUGAAUCGUGUCCAUGGCCAACUACACGUUACUGCGCCAGGUUGGGGCUACGGCUCAUCCAACAUUCCCUUUCAUGCCCUCAACUUUACCCAUCACAUUGAAGAAUUGUCUUUUGGAGACUACUACCCUGAUAUCGUAAACGCUCUCGAUGGCCACUACGGGUUUACCGACAAAGAAGCUUUUGCUUUUCAAUAUUAUUUAUCCAUUUUGCCCACAAGCUAUAAAUCUUCCUUUCGUUCUCUUCAAACAAAUCAAUAUUCUCUAACCGAAAACUCUGUACCAAGACAGCUUGGCUUCCAAUCCAAACCACCUGGCAUCUUUAUCGAAUAUGAUAUCGAACCUCUUGGAGUACAAAUUGUUGACAAAUAUCCCAGCAUUAUGAAAUCCUUCUUACGCAUUUUGUCCAUUUCCGGCGGUCUAUACAUCCUUAUGAACUGGUUAGACAAAUUUUACAGCAAUCGGCCUACUGCAAAGGCGGAAGACGAUAUGCUCGGACUCCUUGGUAAAGAGGUCAAUUCGUAAUGUUUGCUUCGGUUGCCUUAUGAUUCCGUAUGAGCAAAAUCUAUCCUUCAAAACCCAUCCAUUCUCUAACUACCCUUGGCCAAUCUUUCGUGAUCCAAAACAUACUUGGAAAAUAUUAAUGAUAAAUUAAACUAUUACUACAAACUACAAUAAAUUUUUUAGAUUCCAAAACCCCAAUAUCCUUGCCAGAAAAAACCACUUGCAAAUAACUAACAAGCUAGCCAUUAUUAUCCUUUGGCACAUUCCGGUGUCUGGGACUGUAACUUUCGUGUCUUCCUGUCGCUUCCCAAACCCAAACCCGUAAUGCCCGUAUUCAACCCUUCCAAAAGCAUACAGGCCUUGCAAAUCCGAUUACUGGAUAUAAAACCACAUCGUUCGCAUUGCGUUUGUUGAGGAAGUUUUUCUUGGACUGUAUCAGAAAGUUGCAUAGCUUCGCCAGAAUAUAUAAUAUCUAAAAUUGAACUUGGUCGAAUGCACUCCAACUGUUUGAUCAUGGCUCGAGCAGUUCCCCGGAAUGCUUCGGGGGAAUAAGUACAUUCAGUUGAAAAGUAGUCAAGCUUUUUAUAAUGAGCAUACAAAACAAUUUCCUUUUCGUAGGUAUAUUUGAAAGGCUUGGAGCGCUUCGUAGGCGAAGUAUCUGAUUGAGUGGUGAUUUCGGUGCUUCUGGGAAGACGAGCAACGUCACCGCGUAGCAAGUUCAUCAAUACAGUUUCUGCAAUGUCAUCGGCAUUGUGGCCCGUGACUAGAUGAUGGAUGUCCAAAUUCAGCGCAGCCCGGUCCAGAGCUUGGCGGCGAAACACACCACAGUAGGUACAGUUGUUUUUCAACCCGAUACGAGCAACAACAUUAUCCAUGGUCCAUCCAUCGUACAAAUCUUCAUAGCUAACCACGGUCAUUGGAAGUGCAUACUGCUGCUGAUUUCGUUUUACUGUUGCCAAAGAGUCAUCUCUGUAUCCGCGAAUUCCCUCGUCCACACUAAUUAGAUACAAUUCAAUGCCGUAAUCGUAUCGUUCGUUCAAAAGUUUCAUUACGUAUGCUAGAACUGUGCUAUCUUUUCCUCCACUCGCACCGAUACCCACUUUUUCUCCUCGAUGGAACAACUUGUUUUCAGUCAUGACAUUGUGGAUUUCUGUUUCAAACACAUAGUAGAAGCAAUCCUUGCAAAUCCUUUGUCCAGUCUUUGGACGUACUAGCGCAGGGCGAUUGGUAUCACAUAAUUCACACAAUUUACUUCGCAUUGUAAGAGAAUGCUUGCUGGUUUUAUGUUAAAAAUUUCUGCCUUCACCCAGCAUAGGAAACAGAUGCAUAUAUCACAUAACGUUGGUUUUAGGAAAUCGGUAAACACGGUUACCGAUACUUAAACCAUCCAACGGUAUCCUUAAAAAAUAAACAAAGUAUUUUAGAAAAUAGGUAUCAAAAAGAACGCACUCAAAUCGGACUUAAAGACGGACCAUAGUAGAGCUGUUUGAGUUUCUCUUUUUUCUUUCCUAACACAGUGAAAUAGUGAGAAUCAGUGUUUCUCAAUCACGUCGUUUGCUGUUUAUUCAAACGGUUGAGAAUGUGAACAUUUAAGCUGAAUAAAAAGGAAGAACUGCAUGUUUUUAAAAAAUAAACAAACCAGCAUCUUUUCUUGUUUGUUAAUACAUACAUUUAAUAACCAUGAAUUAUGCUAAUUGUAGAAUCGGAGCUUAAUAGAUUGAUUGUGGGGAAGUCAAGAUUUACGGUGAAGCGCGAAAGUAAUAUAAGGGACAAUCGAGCCGAUUCUCAUUUUAUCAACCAAAAAAAGGUAAAAACAAGAGAAAUAAAAAAUGAGAAAUGAAUCAUUAAUUUUCUCUUGUUUCAUGAAAGAAAGAAUUUCAUUUUCCAUUCGGAGUAUAUGCACACAGACUCCAUAUUCUAAUCCCCUCAAUACCGUGAAUAUAUAUAAGAAAUCAAUGGUACUCUACUUUUCCUUUUUCCAAACAGAAGGAUUCUUGGUUUUUUAUGUUAAUUUGGUUAUAAUCACGGUUUCUUUUUUUUGUACAGGAUAGGGAAGGAUUGCUUUUGUUAACUCGUCGAUUGUAAAGCUUUAUUCAUAUGUUCAUUUUUCACGACCAAGAUUGCUUCUUUUUUACAUAGCAUUUGAUGAUUCAAAUAGGAUGAAUUAAAAUGCAAUCGCUCGUGACGCGUUUUCGACGCGUUUCUCCUUUUUUUUUUUCGUCUCGUGGCUCCCUUAUUGUCCGUCCUUAUUUACACGUCAAGAGAGCGAUUUGGGGAAAUACAUUAUGGAUGAUCUAAACUAGGGGACGGCUAAUCGUAUCUUAAAUCGGUACUCCUAGGGUGGGAGCCCACAUACUUGUCCUAGCCCGCCUUCAUGUUGCACUAUAAACUUCAAAUAUUUCUUUGACUUUUCGCGGGUUCAUACGAAACAACAUCAUCUUAGGUUACCUACUCAAGCGUUCAUGUGUACACGGACCCGUAGAAAGUUCGGUACAUUUCCCUUGACACUCCAUGCCUUUGGCAUACUAGCCAUACAAGAUACGUCAUAGUAAGCAACAUUUAAAGAACCGCUGGGGGCACACUGAACACCUUUACCACAUAUAUAACAUCAAACUCCUUAUUUUAUUUCGUAUAUAAAAAAAAGGGACACCGCUACAACAACCAAAGACGAUUUGUUUCUAAGCAUUCUCAAAACUUGAGCUGCUAUCAAGUAGUGCAUU